AUGAAAAGAAAAGUGGCCGUCAAGCGAAUUCAAAUCGAAAGCGUUCAAAACAACAAAGGAGAAGAAGAAGCUUUGCAGAAAUUAGAUCGCCCAAAUGUCGUCAAACUUUAUCACGUUGAAAGCGACAGUGAUUUCAGAUAUUACGCACUGGAACUGUGCCAAUUAUCGCUGAAUCAACUAUUCAACGGUGACGAGGCCCAGAAAAACUAUCGCCAGAAAAUGCCACCAGAAAAAGAAGUUUGCCUCCAGUUGGCAAAGGGAUUGGCACACAUUCACGAAAAGGGAUUCAUCUACUGGGAUAUUAAACCCCAAAAUGUUUUCAUUUCUAUCCAUCAUCCGACUGAUGGAGGAAAUGUGUCGAUGAAAUGGGCCGAUUUCGGACUCAGUUCGCCACUCAACGACAGGGGAAGUUUCUCGACGACCGAGCACAACACACGGCCCGAUAAUUGGCUGGCCCCUGAAAUCUUGCAGAUGAAGGAAAAUUUCAAUCGGACGACGCCCCUACGUCAAGAAGGAACCGAUAAAAGUGACGUUUUUUCCGCAGGUCUCAUUUUCGGCUUUUAUCUUUUAAAAGGACGUCACCCCUACGGCUCACAAUUCAAUAUCCCCGCCAACAUUGUCAAUAAUACGCCAGUCAAUCUGAAAGCCAUAGAAGAGCAAAAACAUCCCAUGCACGCUAUCAUCAUGGACAUGUUGAAGAAAAACCCCAACGACAGGAUUUCAGCGGCUGACGUCAUAACAAGAAUCGCCAACAUUCAAUAG